AUGGCAGCCAUGGCAGUAGCCCUGGUGAUUCUGAUGGUGGCGGCUGCUCCGGUAGUCCAAGGAGUGGAGCACAUUGUCGGUGGCGAUAACCAAUGGAGCCAAGGAGUUGAUUAUGACUCACACUUUAGAAUUUUGUUUGUCUAUGGUACUACACACAAGGUGGACGAAGUGAACGAGGCUGAUUAUAAAAACUGCAAGUUCGGCAAUGCAAUUGAAAGCCACGACGAUGGAAAUACUUCAAUAUCUCUUACAAAAGUUGGUUCAUAUUACUUUGUAUGCCCAAUCUCUGAUCACUGUACCGGGGGCAUGAAGCUUUCGGUCAAUGUUGUGGCAGCAACCCCAGGCCCAACUGGAAGCCCACCAUCACCAUCGGGCUCCACCUCUCCAACUUCCCCGAACACUCCCCCCACCACCCCCUCCGAGACAGUGCCACCCCGCCGUCACCGGCUGAGGCGGCAAGUAUUGUUUGUAACAUGA